GCCAGAAGGAAUAUGACAAGACGACCAGCACAAGUCCAAGUUAGCCGAAGAAGCUACACACACACUGUCUGUUGUUUGGCUGACCACAAUGCGGAUAAAAUUCCAAGCGUACUGUUUAAAGCUGAACUUCUUACUUCAGGACUUGGAGAGCAAAAAGUAACCUUUUCAGGGAAUGACCACGAUCCCAUGGUUAUAACAAAUAAACUAAUGGAAGUGUUUCCGAAGCUCCAACAAGGGGGAGGCUUUGAAUUUCUAAAACUUGUAGGAUCUACUCGCAGUCGAAAUCUUGCAUUGCUUCAGUGUCCCAGCACUGGAUACACCCUUUCCUAUCUGAAAGAUCCAUCGACGAUGAUUGGACAGGCUACAAUCUACAUACGUCCACUUCAACAGGAUCUACCCUUAGAUUGUGAGAGCUCACGUCCUGCCUCUGGUCCAGUCAUCCCCUGCAUCAGUUGUCAUAAGGAAGUUCCCUUUUCAGAGAUGAAGCUGCACAGAUUGAGCUGCAAUGGGACACCCAUGCAGGGAUCAGAAAGAGAACAAGAGGGAGGCCAAAGUGAAGAAGAUGAUAGUGAGACAGCCCUAGUCAGUGACAGUGUUCCAGUGAGGCCUGAAACAUCAGCUGAGAGUGCAGUAGUACCGGCAGUGAUUGUCAACGAGGAGUUGGAUCGCAAAGAAACAGACAGUGAAUGGAAGCUUCUUAAAGAACCCACUCAAGCUGCCAAAGUUUUCAAAGAGAAUCUGCUAAGGGAACAUGCAACUGGGAAACCACUUAGAAUGAAGAUGGAUGUAAGGGACUCUGAAGAGGACAGGGAACGGGAGCUUCUCUUAUUCUAUAAACAGCAGCAAGAAUGGGCAUGUCCACUUCAUUGUACUCUGGUUGGUGAUGUUGCUAUCGGAGAGGGUGUGAUGCGGUACUUUAUGACAACAAUCAUAUCCAAACUCCAGUUUGGAUUCAGUCUAGAUCUUGGAGGAAUGGGCCGAACACUGCUAUUUGAGGGUGAACCUGACCAUCUUGUUCCAGCAGCAUCAGAGGCACUUACUGAAAGCAACCUCUUCCGUGUUGCAGGAAGGAUGUUGGCCCACACCUUUCUGCAUGACGGUCCCCAUGUCACAGGACUAAGUCCUGCUGUAAUUCAUGUACUGUUCAAUGGGGACCCUGAAAUGGCAACUGUUGUUACAGAAGACUGUCCUGAUCUGCACAUCAGGAGCAUCAUAGAACUGCUUGAACAUGAAGAACUUACACCGGAACAGAAGGACACAGUUUCAGAUCUUUCCAUGUCUUGGGAUCUUCCGGCAGUCACCAAAACAAAUCGGAGAUGGCUACAUAACAAACUUCUACUCCAUGCAGUCGUUGGGAGGACCAUGCGCCAAAUUAAACAGUUGAGAAAGGGACUGAAAGAUGUGAUGGUAUGGCCCCUGCUGACAUCUAGGCCAGAUGUUGUACCACUUCUUUUCCCCAAAAUGGCUGACAUGCAGUUCACACCCCAGAUGCUCCUAGAAAAAAUCACAUGGCCAGUUGAGGACAGUGAUGAUGAAGACUUUGACUUAGACACCACCUGCCGCAUCACUGGCUUUCUAAGGAUGUUCAUUGAAACGGCUUCAUCAGGUACCCUGGCCCAGCUGCUGACCUUCUGGGUUGGCUGGGAGAUGCUUCCUCCUGAACUGAGAGUAGAGAUUUCUGGGGAACCCUUCCCACGUCCUCCACAUGCUUUGAAACCCUAA